AUGGAGCUCUCCGGCCGUGGCCCCGCCGGCGGCAGCCGCUUCGCCGGCAACCCUCCGCCGCACGAUGCAGGAGACCCGAUGGCGGUGGUGAGGGACGCGCUGCUGUCGCAACUCCAGCACGACCGUCUCCGGCAGGAGGUCAUCGUCGCCGAGCUCGCCAAGAUAGAGCGCGCCAUGGCUCUGCGCAAUGCCUCGCCGUCGCCGUCGCCGACGCCCCGGUACGGCGCUGCCGCUGCUGCAGCCACUGAGACUGUACCAAACAAAAAGCCGUCGGCUUCAGAGAAGCCUGAACCGGCAGUUCAGAAGCCAACGCCAGCAUCGGCAUGGAGCUGCAACGUGUGCCACGUUCGAACAAGCAGCGAGCGCAACCUGCGGGAUCAUUGCGGAGGGCAGAAGCACCAGGCGAAGGUGGCAGAGCUGGAGAAGAGAGCCAAGGCCAUGGCCGGUCAGAAGGCGAAACCGACGGCGAGAUGGAGCUGCAGCAUCUGCCAGGUCAGCUGCACCGGCGAGUGGGACUUCGACGUGCAUCUCAAGGGCCAGAGGCACCAAGCAAGCACGCAGGCCCUGCUGGAACAAAGCAAGAAGAAUCCAGGGAGUUCAGAGAAGAAGACGACGACGACGACGACGACGGCGCCAUGGAUCUGCAGCGUCUGCCAGGCUCUCUGCACCUGCGAAUCAGACUUGCACAACCAUCUCAAGGGCAAGAGGCACCAGCUGAAAGUCGAGGCCUUGCGCGAAGCAGCUGCCAAACAAGAGAGCAGCGAUCCUCCCAAGCUCGCCAAACAAGAGAGCAGCGAUCCUCCCAAGCUGCCAAAUAAGCAACGCUCUGAAUGGUUCUGCAGUGUGUGCCAGGCCAGAUGCAACUCUGCGUCUCAGCUCGAGGAUCACUGCAGGAGCACGAGACAUCAGCAGAAGGCAGAGUCCUCAGAUGGCUCUACUAGCUUCACGAGUGCAAGCUCGGAGAAGACGCAUGAACAGUCGAAGGCGCUGUAUUUUUGCGAGGUCUGCAGCGUGAGGUGCACCAGCGAGAGGAUGGUCUCGGACCAUCUCGGAGGGAAGAGACACGCGAAGCAGGAGGAGUCGCUGGCGUUCUGCGAGGCCUGCAAACUGCAGUGCAACAGCGAGAAGAUGCUGGCCCAUCACCGUGCCGGGAGGAAGCACCAGGCGAAGCUCGAGGAAAUGCUUCGGGGAAAAGCUUGAUGCAAUGGAAUGAAAAUUGUGUUUCUUGACCACCGAGCUUUUCAUUUAUGCGAUGGCGUUGUAUGAAACUGAAUCAUAUUAUCAAGUUAAUUUGGGAACUUAAACUUUUUGUUUUAUAUAUUUUUGUAUAUUACAGUACAGAAAUAAGGGGCUCUUCAGGAUGCUGAACAACUUGCU